GAACGAACACGAAUGGCCGCUGAUCUGCCGGAAAUUUUUGUUUACAAUCGAAAAAUCACUUGAAAAGCGGAUAAUUUCCGAAUUUCUACUUUUAUCAAGCAAAUCAGAAUGGAGCGAGUGCUGCAAAAACUGGUGCAUUCUAGUCGGAUGCUACACUUUCUGCCGAAGAGACGGUGCCUGAGCAAUCUGAGCAACAAGAACUUUUUCAUCACAACGCCGAUUUUCUACGUCAACGCCUCACCGCACCUCGGACACCUGUACACCUCCCUGGUGGCUGACGCUGCCCAAAGAUUUCAGCACCUUGUUUCAAAAUCGCCGUCGUUUCUCAGCACGGGUACCGACGAACAUGGCUCCAAAGUGCAGAAAGCGGCUGGGAAAAUUGACACUCAGUUGUACUGUGACCAAAUAUCCAAUCAGUAUGUAGAAAUGCUUGAAAUGUACGGCGUGGACUUUUCUAAAUUUGUCCGGACAACCAGCACGGAGCACAAGAGAGCCGUACAAGCCUUCUGGAAGAAACUCGAGGGUAAAAAUUUAAUUUACACCGGUGACUACUCUGGAUGGUACUGCGAGGCAGACGAGGCUUUUGUACCAGAAACGAGAACUGAAAAACUUUCAGAUGGGGCCAGAAUUUCCUCCGAGUCGGGCCGUCCUGUUGAGUGGACCAGCGAGCAGAACUUCCUAUUCAAAAUAUCUGCGGUAAAGGAUGACCUUCUGCACUGGUUAAAGGACAAACACGUCAUCCAGCCUCGCAAGUUCCACGACUUGGUCCAGCUGUGGGUCGGGGAGGGAUUCCAUGACGUUUCCAUCACCAGACCGUCCCAUCGAGUGCCCUGGGGUAUCCCAGUCCCUGACCAUCCUGGACACUCCAUUUACGUCUGGAUGGACGCCUUGAUCAACUACCUGACGGUCGCUGGCUUUCCAGACACUUUGCAGAAGUGGCCCGUCGACGUCCAUGUGAUAGGCAAGGACAUUUUACGUUUCCACGCCAUUCUGUGGCCUUCGCUGCUCAUUGCGGCUGGUCUGGAGCCUCCGAAGCAAAUCCACUGUCACUCACACUGGAAAGUGGACAGCGAGAAAAUGUCAAAGUCCAGGGGCAAUGUCAUUGACCCUAGAGGAGAGAUAAGGUUGAAAUUUACUGCAGAAGGGUUGAGGUACUUCCUUCUUCGAGAAGGUACAAACCAUAGUGAUGCAAAUUUUAGUGAGACGAAGGUCUUCAACAUUCUGAAUGCAGAGUUGGCUGGAAAGUUGGGCAAUUUGUUAAACCGCUGCACAGGAAAAUCUUUAAAUCCAAAACAAGUGUGGCCCGUUUAUGUUUCGGGACUUGUUGGCGACCAAUACUUAGUGGAAGCCCUUCGAGAGUUACCGGAUAAGACGAAGCAGCAUUAUGAGGAUUUCAAUUUCUACAAAGCAGUUGAUGAAGUGAUUUUGGUGCUGCAGGAGGCGAACAAGUUUUUUGAAGACCAAAAACCGUGGACGCUGCAGAGAGACAGUGCGGAAAUGCAUUCAAUUUUGAGUCUGACUCUGGAAACUCUACGUGUAGUUGGAAUUGUUCUGCAGCCAGUGAUUCCUAAGUUGACUGGACAGUUGUUGGAAAAAUUAGACGUUCCUUUAGAAAAUAGAUAUUGGGCUGAUUUGAAAACAUUUGUUUGGGACAAAACGUCUGCAGAGAAAACUUUGCAAAGCCAAAAGUUGACCUUGUUCCCCCGACUUGGAGAUGGGAAAUAAAUAUGAAAUUAGUUAAUUAAUUUUUCUGUAUUAUUCUGUUAGAAAAUAA